CGUGCGUGUGACGUCAGGGCGUGGUCAGUUGCUGGAAGGUUCUGGCGGCGGCGGCGCUCAGAAAGGCUUCAAGAUGAUGUCCGCACCAGUUAUCCUCCUCAAGGAGGGAACAGACACUUCCCAAGGGACUCCACAACUGAUCAGCAACAUUAAUGCCUGCCAGGUUAUUGCUGAGGCCGUUCGUACCACACUUGGACCACGUGGGAUGGACAAGCUCAUCGUGGAUGACAGAGGGAAAGCUACUGUUUCAAAUGAUGGAGCCACUAUCUUGAAGCUUCUUGAUGUUGUUCACCCAGCUGCAAAAACCCUUGUGGACAUUGCAAAAUCACAGGAUGCUGAGGUGGGCGAUGGGACCACUUCUGUUACUCUACUCGCUGCAGAAUUUCUGAGACAGAUCAAACCCUAUGUGGAAGAGGGGCUUCACCCCCAGGUUAUCAUCCGAUCCUUCCGUAGAGCUACAGAGCUGGCCUUGGAAAAGAUCAAAGCCAUUGCUGUAACUGUGAAGAAAGACAGCAAAGAGCUUCAGAGAGAGCUUUUUGAGAAAUGUGCUGCUACUGCCCUCAGCUCCAAACUGAUUGCCCUUCAGAAAGGUUUCUUCUCCAUGAUGGUGGUAGAUGCAGUCAUGAUGUUGGAUGACCUUCUCCCACUGAAAAUGAUUGGGAUAAAGAAAGUUCAGGGAGGAGGUCUCGAGGAAUCUCAACUAAUAGCUGGCGUCGCCUUUAAGAAAACAUUCUCUUAUGCUGGAUUUGAAAUGCAACCCAAGAAGUACGAGAAACCUAAAAUUGCACUUCUGAACGUGGAGCUGGAGCUCAAAGCUGAGAAGGAUAAUGCCGAGAUUCGGGUGAACAGUGUUGAGGACUAUCAGGCAAUUGUUGAUGCAGAGUGGAAUAUCCUUUAUGAUAAACUUGAGAAAAUUCAUCUGUCUGGGGCCAAAGUUGUGCUGUCUAAGCUUCCAAUUGGAGAUGUGGCAACCCAGUAUUUUGCAGACAGAGACAUGUUCUGUGCUGGCAGGGUCCCAGAGGAGGAUCUUAAGCGUACUAUGAUGGCUUGCGGUGGUUCCAUUCAGACCAGUGUUAAUGCGUUGACAGGUGACGUAUUGGGUCAGUGCACACUCUUUGAGGAGGCCCAGGUUGGAAGUGAAAGAUAUAACUUCUUCACUGGGUGUCCCAAGGCCAAGACCUGUACGAUCAUUCUUAGAGGGGGUUCAGAGCAGUUUAUGGAAGAGACUGAGCGUUCCCUUCAUGAUGCAAUAAUGAUUGUUAGACGAGCCAUCAAGAAUGACUCUGUUGUUGCCGGGGGAGGUGCUAUUGAGAUGGAAAUCUCUAGGCACCUCCGAGAUUAUUCGAGAACCAUCCCCGGCAAACAGCAGCUGCUGAUUGGGGCAUAUGCCAAGGCCCUUGAGGUGAUUCCCCGACAACUGUGUGACAAUGCUGGUUUUGAUGCCACAAACAUCCUCAACAAGCUGCGUGCCAAACAUGCUCAGGGUGGAAUGUGGUACGGAGUUGAUGUGAACAAUGAAGAUAUUGCCGAUAAUUUUGAGUCCUGUGUUUGGGAGCCUGCUGUAGUGCGUAUCAAUGCCCUCACCGCUGCCUCAGAGGCAGCCUGCUUGAUCCUGUCUGUUGAUGAGACCAUCAAAAAUCCACGCUCCACUGUGGACUCAUCAGCCAUGCCAAAGGGCCGGGGCAGAGGCAGGCCACAUGCGCACUGAGGCAACCUGGCAAGUGGUUUCUGCUUGUUCUGACCUGAUAACAAUAACAACCAAGAAGCUGCGGAGUCCAGCUGGCACUAUGGCCUAACACCAUAUUGUUGCUGGACUCAGGUACUCACUGCAAGCAGCUUCUUCAUGUUAUUACUGUAGAGUCAGACCCCGGGAACAGCAGCUCUAUUUAUUGUUUUCAUUUUUAGUUGUGGACAGAAAUGUCUGGAGAAAAUAAAGUUCCAGUUUUUGGUCAA